UUUUCUGGACACUUUUAGAACUUUUGGGUUUUUUUUUUGAAUUUUUGGAGAAUUUUUGCUAGAUUUCAACCCCUUUUCCUGAGAUUUUCUUUGUUUUUUAAGAAUAAUUUUUGGUAUUGUUUUUGCUUCAAAAACCAUUUCCAUUUCUUUCCUAACUAUAAAAUUGCCAAUAAAAUUUCUCUUAAUUUUUGAUUUUUUAAAAAACAGUUUCGCCAUAUUCUCAAUAAAUUUGAACAAUUAAUUAAAACAAAUAACUCAAAUAAUUCUACUCAAUUUGGUCUUUUUUCAAGUGUUUUAAACAAAUUAUUGCCUAAAUUUGCACCUUUAAAAAUUAAAUUGAGGAAUGAUAUGAGGUUUAUUUUUUUAUUAAAAAUUUUGAAAAUUUUUUUAAGAAUGGAAGACAUUGGAAUUUGUUUGUGUAAUAUAUUUGACAGAAUUGAACAAUUUUCCUCAUUUGCUGAACAAAAAAUAAUUUUUUAUAUGGAUAAUACUACAAAUAGCAAUAAUACUCAAGAAGCUCAACAACAACAAGACAAUUUAAUGCAAAUAGAUGAAGUUCAAACUGAUAAUAAUGUCCAUAAUAUUUCGAAAAAUGUUACAAAAGAAAAGUGUAAUGGGGCUUUGAGAGAAAAAUCAACAACAACACUAGAACAACAACCAGAAGUAACUACAACAUCAGAAAAUGAACAAUUAAGCACAACGUUUUCAUCAGAUAUUGAAAUCAUUGAAGAAAAACAAUCAAAUAAUAAUAAAUCAAAAGAUGAAUAUUUUAAUGGAAGUAAUAAAUUAAUUAAAUUAAAUAGAAAAAGAAUAUUAAAUUGGGCUGAAAAGGUUUUUUUAUUUUUUUCUAUAAAUGGUCUUUUGGUGUAGUGGUA